AUGGCUUCCACGCCGCAAAACACGGCGCCCACGCAGCCCGACAACACCCUCCAGCCCGCCGCGCACAAGGACCAAGACUCCCAGCAAGUCGGGCAUCAGUCUGCUUCGCAACAAACGCCCCCUGCUGAGCAGCCUCUUCCGCCGAGCUAUGAACAGGCCCGGGCUUCCCAGCUGGAUGGGCCGCCUCAGGGCCACCACAAUACCAACCAGCCUCUUGCACCGCCCGUUUUGCCCCUUCACCAGCUUUCUGACCAGCCCUCGUGGAUCGAUUGUCCGUUUUGCCGUCAGCGAACCAUGACCGUCGUCAGGCGAGAGGGCACCUCGAUGCAAAUUCUUGUUGGAGCCGUCCUCUGUCUUUUCUGCAUCUGCUUGGCCUGCCUUCCCUGCCUGGCGGGCUGGUUCGAAGACAGCGAGCAUCGCUGCACUCAGUGCAAGAAUCUGGUUGCUGUUCGACGAACUGACGGCCAUAUUGAUGUCUUUGGCCCUCAGGUUCCCGUGGCUUCUCAGUACUCGGGAAACCAGGCUCCCAUGGGUCAAGAUUAUCAGCAGCAGCAGCAGCAGCAGCAGUACCAGCCUCAGGGUGGACAGGUCCCCGGCCAGAACCACCACCAGUACCAGCAGCCCCAAUAUCAGUCUCAGCACGAGCUGCACAACAUGCAGCCACAAGCACAACCCCAAGAGCCUGUUACCCAGGCUGCGGCCAAGAGCUGA